AUGGGUGUAUCAGGAAUUGUGCCUAUCAUACACAAGCUGUUGGUUUUCAGCGAGGAACCGGUGGCAGUGAUGACGGCAGUGUAUGAGCUUGCGAUGGGUGGUUUCUAUGGGCUUGGGGUUGUUGUUUAUGCGACGAGGGUUCCGGAGAGGUGGAUGCCAGGGAAGUUUGAUCUUGUGGGACAUAGCCAUCAGCUCUUCCAUGUUCUUGUUAUUGCCGGAGCUUACACACACUAUCUUGCAAGUGUGAUGUACUUGAAUUGGAGAGAAAUGGACCAGUGUUAUUAA